AUGGCUGCAGCCAUUGCCCUAGUCCUGGCUCUGCUGGCCCUCCAGCAUGGACUAAAGAAUGACCACCAGCUAGAUAAGGCCACGGCACAACGCAUGCAGCAGCGCGAGGAGUUUCUGCAGCAGGAGAUGACUCGCCUGCUGCAGGAGAUGGAGUGGAGAGAGAGACCAGGGGAAGCCACUCUCCUCUCUGUGUGGCAGCAAUGCCUGGUUUGGACCCUUGCAGCAGCCCUCAUCCUGCUCGCUGUGACCUACUGGCUGGCCAGGGAAAGGAAGCGUGCCUCUGACCGCUGCCACAGGACAGCUCCAGCCCUGAGAAGGAGGACGAUGUCAAGGAGGAAGACCUCACUUGUGGACACCACCAUGUCAGCUCUUCGGCUGUGUCCACCCCAUCGCCAACAAGGGAAUCUGAAGAAUGACUCUCCCUGCAGACAGAGUGUCCAGGAGAACAACAUCACCUAUCGCCUCUGCGUGUUCCUGCAGCCACCUCCCAGGCACUCUUUCAUCCCAGAGCUGGACACCACGGGGCAGGUGCCAGCAAGUUCCUCCAGCAUCCACGUGGUGCUGGAGUGCACGUGCUUGAGGGACGAGAAGCUGGGGGAAAGUUCCUGCUUUCACCACCACCCUGACGACAAGCUGCCGAGGGAUCAGAGCUCGUUCCUCCUACACACCCUCUGCACCCACUCCCACUUAGGCAUGGAGAAAGUUGCCUGCUGGGUCCAAUCCGUAGUGAGAUCAGCCUGA